GUUACCAAAAACAGUAUAGGAAAAUGCAAACCGCACGCAAUGACUUUUUAAUGUCACUUUAAACACCCGGACUCGGUUGGCCUUAUAAAACGUGAUCAAAUUUGAAGCUAGAACUAAUUUUCUGUGUCCUUCAGGCAGAAUGCAACCCGUGUCGUUAGGUGUCCUCUGCAGCUUUUUGAUAGUCAUUCACGGCUACAGAAUUCGUGAACCUGCUCCAGUGCUCGAAAUAGUAGCGCAGGAAUUCCCUCUGGAAGAAGCAAAUGUCAGCGUUUCGACUACGGAAAAUGGUACCCUUGAUUUCGACAACUUUACAAUAACCGAAAACUGUUCCUGUUUGGAUGGUGAUUACACCUGCUGGUGGUUUUACCUUGAUUCGAACGAAGUGGCCCCAACAUGGUGUUAUUUUCCUUAUGAUGAUGAUGAUGGACCAUCAAUGAAUUCCACGGAAGUUCCGGAGCCGACAAAUGAAACGAGCGUCAUCUACAACUUAACUGGGCCAUGGAUUGAGAUGGCCACGUUGGAUUUGAUUGACAUGGAUCCAGAUUGCUGGCUAUUGCCGUUGGACAGUGGUCGAGUUCCAGAUUGUUCAUUUUGGAGACCAAAGGGCGACGAUAGUUUGAUGAUCUCAAACAAUACUGAACUGAGUGGUGGAACAGUUGAAUUAUAUCCUCCCAUUGGAGGGCCAUUGAACAAUGAACUAGGUUUUCUGAAUGGUCAACAAGGCAAUGUUAUUGGCUAUCCAGUUGACGUUCCCGAUUUAUCCUCACCCAACGAAACAUUGAUUACCGGAAAUGUUGAUAGUGUCGACAUCCACCAACUGGGGUCAGAAUUUAACGAAACCUUCCCGAUAAUCGGUUGUUAUUUUCCUGGUGAUUCUACAAUAUUGGAAAUCGCGUUUACUGAAGGUUUGAGACCUUCAAUUUUGAACGAGACCCACCCGAUUGCUCUUCCUGAAACCAAACCAACAAUGAAUUACAACCAAUUAAUACCACGAUUUCCAAUCAGCCCUCAAACCACAGAUUCCAAGUUCCAUCCAGCCCAAACUCAAGACCAAAUUCAACAUCAACAUCAAAUCAAUCUCGCCAAUCGCAUUCCAACCAAUGGAGCCAUCCUUUUCAAGGAGUCCAAAAAUCCAAACAAAAACAGGCUUGCCAUGACCAUGGACCAUCCGCAAACAACGCAACCACCGCCACCACCAUCAACACCCUCAUUGUCAACCGGAGGCAAGAAGCGGAAGAAGACGAAAACUACGGUUACAACUAGUACUAGUACCAUGCCACCCACUAGUACAACCAAGAAGGGACAACGCAAGAGGAAGGUUACUAAAACGACGACAGCGAGUACGACGGGCGUUUUUACGAGCCGCAAGAAGAUAAAACGCACGAGGACCACUGUAUCGGCAGAUUCUUAAAAAAGCAAUAAAAGUUGACAAAGUUA